GGCGUAGCGAGGGCUGGGUGAGGGCGUGUGUGGGCGUGACGGCCACAACUACCACCACCACCACCACUACCACACCCACUACCACCACCCACUACCACCCACUACUAUAAACAAGACGGCAUCUCCUCCCUCCGUGGCAAGCCAGCAAUCUCCUGGGCACGUCUUCACAGUGGUUGUCUCUUGGACACGUCCCUAGGGUGGCUGUCUCUUGGACACGUCCCUAGAGUGGCUGUCUCCUGGUCAGGUCCCCAGGGUGACUGUCUCCUGGACACGUCCCUAGAGUGGCUGUCUCCUGGUCAAGUCCCCAGGGUGACUGUCUCCUGGUCAGGUCAUCCCUCAGUGUCCGCCUCUCCGUAUUCUAUCACCUAGCGCGUUAAACAGGUCAUUCCCAGGCUGAGGUUGCUGCAAGUGUUGUGAGGUGAACACAUAUUGACAAGUGUCGUGUACUCAUCUAUUUGCGUAGGGAAUCGAACCAGGGAGAAGGCCAAGGAGCGCCUCUUCUCUCACCCGUGGCGUCACUCAGGUCCAUGCUGGUGCUCACUGUGUUUACUCUAAGGAAACCACUUCUUGUCGGUACCUCAGUGAUGAGCUGGUAGGGAAUUAUGUCUGUGGUGGAGCAGGAAGUGAGAGGGGAAGCACCGGCAUCACGCUUCAGCGUCAUGUGACGCAUAACGCAAAAGUCGAAAUUCCGUGUCGUCUGGUUCGUGAUAUGCGCUCGAAUCGGCGGGUUCGGAAUCCAGCGUGUUGUUAUUCGUGACAGACACACGUCUGUAGCCUCUCAUUCAUUCGUAGAAAUGUGUGGGAAACGUAGUGUAACGUCGCUAGAAUGAUGUAGCAUGACUCUGUGAGGGUAAAUAACUGAAGGAGUCUCAAGUACGUCUUGAGUACGUCUGAGGCUAACAAGGACUCUCUUUCGAAGAUGUUAUCUUGCAGAUUAUGAAGGAUAAAUUGAGUUUGUGAUUACCAGUGUUAUAUAAGUGAAGUGUUUUAGUGGCACUAUGGCUCAGCGGGGAGGUGGUGUAGGCCUGACUCUGUACACACGCUUGUGAGGUGUACACACGCUUGUGAGGUGUACAUAGAGAGACAGGAAGGUCCAUCAUUGUUGAUGAUGGUGCCAGUGGUAGUGUACACCUGUUGAUCUCCCUCACUACCUGUUACAACCACCAGCUCCCCUCGUACGUCUACAUCCUCUCAUCUAGUCCACUUAUUAGCGCAUCAAGUUGUCUGAGGGUCGUUGCAGUCACGCCCCUGGGAGCUGACUCAACCAUCACCACCACCAUCACCAUUACCAUCACCACCAUGGGCAUCAACGCCACAGUUCUGGAACCUAUCGUCACCACCAUUGCUUCCAUCUUGCUCUUCUCCAACAACCUCACCGAGGAAGAUGUGGGUUACAACCUCUCCAGCACAGCCACGCCCACCACAACGGGCGGCACCACGCCCACGCCAGCCACCACCUCCUCCACCCAUGAGCCCAUGUUUCCCAGUAGCUAUGACAUUCAGGACAUCAUUAAGAUGGGUGGCAUCACCUAUGCUGACUAUGCCGUGUGUUCCAGCUGGCUCCCCAUCAACCAUAUCUACUUCCAGCUGGCCAACAUCUUCCUCUUCCUCUCGUACCUGGCUCCCAACGGCAUCUACGGGAUAUUGUACCUACGCAUCACCCUCACCAUAGGCUGUAUGUUCUUCAGCCUGUGGGGCUGGGUGGUGCUCUGCGCCUUUGACACCUUUCUUUGGAACGCUAUCUUCGUUCUCAUCAACCUCAUCCACGUAGUUGUUAUCUGCUAUUACCUCAGACCAGUCAGGUUCACGCCAGAGCUAGAACAGGUAAGUCACUCUUGUUUUCACAUACAAGAAAGAGAGAGCAAGAGAGAGAGAGAGAGUACUAACUAGGGACCCACAGCCUCAGAGAAGACAGUAGUCGAACGUAAAUAAGGUUUUGCCCCGGUUCUGUUUGAUUACUUUCUUUCCCUACUCGGUGGUGGGUCGUGGACCCAGGAUGCUGCAGGCAUUACCUUUUUGGAUGGUAACGCUGAGCCUCUGCAUAAAGGUAGCUGAUCGCUCUGGGCCCAUGGUUGUUUUCCUGGUUGGUUCCUGUAUUUAUUGAUCCUCUGGUUCUACUUAAAACUGAGAGAACAGCUAAUUCCGCCUUGAGAGUGUUAUAGGUGUGUCAGUCAGUGUUGUAAGUAGGUGUCAGCCAGUGAUGUAGGUAGGUGUCAGCCAGUGUUGUAAGUAGGCGUCAUCCAAUGUAAACGCACAAGUGUAGUUCCAUGCAGUGUGUUGACCAGCUUUCCAAGGUAGCAU